AUGGAAGCGGGCACGACCCACUUGGCCGUUGGAGCGGCAACAGAUGUGAAAAUUGGCCAAGGAAGCAGGCUAUUGAUCAGGCGGGGCGGAGGCGGGGGGGUCCGCGGCGGAGCGGAGGCGCGGCCGGCCUUUUGGGCGGGCGGUGCGUGCCGCGUGCGUUCCCCCCGGUUCACGGCCAAGGCCCGCGCCCAUUCAGCUCACGAGCACGUGCCCGAAAGUAAAUAUAGCAACCGUUAUGCCAUCGACGUAACGCCGAAUAAUCCGCAGACCCCCGUGCGACGUCCCCGGCGGCCGAAUCACGAGGCGGGCGGUUAUCUAGCAAUAUCGCACGCACAGUACUUACUAGCUACACGGCACCGAGCACAAACACAGGCCGGGGAACAAAAACAAAACGUCGCAGAAUUAUGUAGCCAGCGACGGCGCUCAAAGGGCCCCUUGUACGUGCUCUCCUAUAAUCAUAAACAUGGAAAACGCACAAAAGCCUCUCGGCGUCGAGUCGCGUCGCUGUCAGAUAAAGUUGUUGCGUUUCUUUUGCGGGACGCGGUCGGCGCAGGUGGGGGGGGGGGGGGGGGGGUCGCGGCGCGUGCGAGCGAGAUGGCCUGCCUCUCCGCUCCGAUCGUUAGCCCUGAUCUUCAGCGCGCCACAAACACACAGCCCGACCGAGAGCGAAAUUGCAACGAGAACGCACCGAGCUGUGUUAUUACCGCGGCGGCUGCGUUGCGAAACGGCCUUCGUGCGCGCCGCCGCCGCUCAACUUUCGACUUCAUUACGAGCCGCUUCGGUUCGGAAUCGCCUCGGAACCGGUCGUGUUCGGCCGCCACGCGAUUGUGGACCUUAUUAUCGGGAUAUAAGCACCCUUCCAAUCUGGCCGUGGAAGCGUCGAGCGCUGUAUAUUUAGCCCGCAUUGCGAGCCGUAGUGGGUGUUUUAGAGCCGACGUCGUCGUAGCUACGAUAGAAUAUGCGAAAACCAUUCCGACCGUGGAAAAAGACUUCCCGUACUGCGGGCAUUAUGAAGCAACAAUAGCGGAACGUCGAAAGUCCCUUGCGCGGCGCGGGACAUACGCCCUUGCGGAACCGAACGGGGCGCCGGUC